AUAGUCAUAUAGCCAUUACUAUUGUUUUACAUUGCCCUGUCUAGGUUGUGUGAACAUGUCCGAAUCGCAUGUCAGAGAGACGGACGUCGACAUCAGCUGGACAGACAAAGAGAAAGGGGAGUUCAUUGCAAAGUUUAAAGAACAGAAGGUGAUUAUUGAUGAGCUGUCAAAUUUAAAGAAAGAUAGGCGGGUAUACAGACAGCAGCCUAACAGCAACAUUUACUUUCUCACAGAGCAAUCAAGAACACUUAGUGAGUGCAAAAAGAAAUUGGAUGACAUGACACCUAUUCAUCGGGAGAUAUCUGAAAAUUUGCAAUUCAACAAAUAAUCUUUCAGCUGGCCAAGAUGUGUGGAAUAUGCUGUACUGUCAGUUUGACCACUGAUGUAGUUAAAGCCUACUGUCAGGAUGCCAUUAAUUUAAGACGUAGAGGGCCCAACAGCAGCCAUGAACUGUUAGAGAUUGAUUUUUCUCACAAGUACAGCUGUUUUUUCUCAGGUCAUGUUCUUCAUUUAAGAGGACAAGUGACUCCUCAACCUUUGCAAGAUAGAAAUGGCAAUAUAUUUCUUUGGAAUGGAGAAGUUUUUGGGGGAGUUGAUGUUCCAGACACUAGUAAUGAUACUGAAGUAAUGUUUCAGCAUAUUACUUCUUGUGACAAUGAACAUGAUACAUUGUCACUAAUUUCCAAAAUACAAGGGCCUUGGGCUUUCAUCUACUAUGAGAAAAAAAAGCAUAAUCUUUGGUUUGGAAGAGAUUUUUUUGGUCGCCGCAGUCUUUUGUGGAAAUUUGGGGAGACCCCCAAAGAAGCACUGUGUCUCACUUCUGUAACUGAAUUUAAUUGUGAAGAUGGUAUACAGUGGCAUGAGGUUCCAGCAGUUGGUAUUUUUAAGUGUAACUUAAGCUCUUGUAUGGAAUCAAAAUCAAUCAGUUUAACAUUGUAUUCAUGGAUAUCUACUACAGAAGAGGAACAAUUGAAAAAAGGGCAAACAUACAUUUCAAAUGAUCUUGAAAAAUUUAUAUCCAGAAUUAAACAUGGGGGUGGCAGCCUUAUCGCUCCAGUUACUCUAUUAAAUAGAGAAAUUCCUGAAUCACUGCCAGAGUCAAACCGCCAAGCACCUUCUAACCGCGUUAGCUUAGAAGACCUUAAAAUGCUGAUCUCUGAAGUACAUAAGAGAAAUGCUGAAUCUUUUAUAAAAGUUCUAAGUGAAGCUGUGAGAAAACGUGUUUUAUGUCUACCACGGGUAAACAAUACCUUGACUUCAGAAACCAAACUGGCAAAUGUUGCAAUUCUUUUUUCUGGUGGAAUUGAUUCAAUGAUGUUGGCUGCUCUUGCAGAUAGACACAUUCCAUCAUGCGAGCCUAUUGACCUACUCAAUGUUGCAUUUAUGAUACAGGCUCAAAAAGUAAAAACCCAAAAAUGCAGCUUGCAAAAGAAACAAAGCACUACAUAUUCACGUGAAGACAAUGCUGAAGCUUGUAAAUACACAAGUCCUUUUGAUGUUCCUGAUCGAAUCACUGGUAAGCUGGGUUUGGAAGAACUUAAAACCUUAAACCCGAGAAGAAUUUGGAAUUUUGUUGAAAUAAAUGUCACACCUGAAGAACUCAAGCAAAUGAGGCAUAAACAUAUCUCACAGUUGGUACAACCUUUGAACACUGUUCUCGAUGACAGUAUUGGCUGUGCAGUUUGGUUUGCUGCCAGAGGAAUUGGCAUGCUGAAAUGCAAAGGUGAAAUGAAGCCAUAUACCAGCACAUCUAAGGUUGUUCUCACAGGUAUUGGUGCAGAUGAGCAACUUGCUGGUUAUUCUCGUCACAGAGUAAGAUUCAACAGAGAAGGUUACAGAGGCCUCCUUGAAGAAUUAAGCAUGGAGUUAGGACGUAUCUCUUGCAGAAAUCUUGGACGGGAUGACAGAGUUAUUGGUGAUCAUAGCAAGGAAGCAAGGUUUCCAUUUCUGGAUGAGGAUGUGGUUUCUUUUUUGAACUCUCUUCCACUUUGGGAAAAAACAGACUUGAUGCUUGGCAGGGGGCUUGGCGAAAAGUUAAUUUUGCGAAUAGCAGCUGUAAUACUUGGACUUGGUAACUCUUCAGUUUUGCCCAAAAGAGCCAUGCAGUUUGGAUCCCGAAUUGCAAAAAUGGAAAACAGAAAUGAAAAGGCAUCAGACAAAUGCAGCAGACUUCAGCCAGAUGUAACUCUGUGACAACUAUUUGAGUUGUUUGCUUGGAGUUAGUUUUAAAAUGUUGUCAUUAGCUGCUGGGUAUUACAUUUACUUUGAUAACUGGACAA